UACGUUUUUAUGAUGGGUCAUAAACAUAGUUUAAAAAGGAGGCGACGGCUGCUGUAGGGUUCCCCGCAUUCAUCAAGUUGUCUGCAGUGUUCUUUUCAUUCGACAUGGACUGCUCAUCAGAAGAAACCCAUAGAUCAGAUAGUCCUUAUUGGGUGUAUAGGGGCCCUAGUACCCCGUCGCCAUCGUCUUCCCCCGCCAUGGACGACUCUGUGUCGAGCAAUGAGGACAUUGAAAACCAGAUGCCUGAUGGUAUGUCCAACGCUAGUACGCCAGUGUCUAACUAUGUCGAUAGUUGUGGAGAUGCGGUACUGCUUAAUGCUCCACUCAAAAGAACGAGGCCUGUUUUAGGCUUGAGGGACCGGAGUGCCGGGGAUUCAUUCACCCACGUUGGCGAAUACGGCUUGGAGUAUGUAAUAUCAUGGGUCGAUGGCUGUGUUAUUUUGAAAGCUAGAGAUUGUGCUACAGAGUGGCGGAUGAACGUUCACGAGUGGAAUUUUUUCUUUGAGAAUUUAUGCCCCAUGCUAGACGGUGACGAGGGUACAUGGCAUGGGGGACCCCAUGUAUACCAUUGGACCUUUCAGUAUGAACCGAGGAUUCAACAUCGUUUGGAAUGCGCCUUUCAGCAUGAAUCGAGGAUUCAUUGCAUGGGGGCAAACUAUCAUACGAAGAGCCCACAGGAUUUCAUUUUUUUCAGAUGUGGCGUUGAUACACACGAGCUACCACAGUGCGGUGAUAUGCAUUGCAUCGGUUGCUCUCCUCUACGCACCAGUGUUUUAGAAGCUGCUGUUUAUUUUGAUAAUGUCUUUUUCAUGCAGUGGGCUGAUCUGUCUGCACUACGUGGAAUUUUUGCAGAGAUUGAUUCUAUGGCUAAGACGGAUGAAGAACCAUGGAACACAACUGCUGAUGAAUGCCGAAUGUGCCUGUUUGAGUCGUCUGGGUUUGAUGAGGGGGCACAUGCACAGGUCAAUGAUGAACAUGUGGAAGGUGGGGGUGUGGCUAUGGAGACUGCUGAUUUAAAGGCUGUACAACCCGGACCCCACUGGCUUCACGAGUAUGCCGUCUAUCUGACCGGAUUGAAUCUGACCUUCCUACACACCGGCGAGGACAGUGAGCUGGAGGUGGACACAGCUAUGAGAGAUGACGGAUGGCCUGUAUCAACACAGAUCCGUUUAAAACCCUCCAUCGCUGGCUGUUCUGCGAUUUACCACGGGGCUCUGUGUGGUAGCCAUCAUCAGCCAUCAGAAGCAAGCGGUCUGCUGGGGAUGCCAGUGUGA